ACUCAACAUCACCAAACAGUAUUCUGCUUCAAAAAAUCGUAAAAGGCACCGCCAGCCGUGGGAAUACUGUAGAGUUGACCGUUGUACAGCCUCACGAGCGACAACCCGACCGAUGAAGAUCGCUGUAGAAGGCUGCUGUCAUGGAGAGCUCGACGCUACGUACAAGCAAAUCACUUAUCUCCAAAUGAAAGACAACUACAACAUCGAUCUUCUUCUCAUCAAUGGUGACUUCCAGGCCAUCAGGAAUAAUGCAGAUUUGGCAUGCAUGGCUGUGCCAGAUAAGUAUCGCCGUCUUGGCGGGUUUUACAAGUAUUACACUGGAGAGAAAGUGGCACCUGUGCUUACCAUUAUCAUUGGGGGGAAUCAUGAAGCAAGUAAUUACCUUUGGGAGCUAUACCACGGAGGUUGGCUUGCACCGAACAUCUACUAUUUAGGAUGUGCGGGAGUUGUGAAUCUGAAUGGGAUUCGCAUCGCGGGCAUUUCGGGAAUUUACAAUUACCAUUCAUACUCGUUGGGGCAUUUCGAAAAGCUACCUUAUGACAAGUCGACCCUCCGAAGCAUAUAUCAUGUUCGGCAUUACGACGUUUUCCGAAUUCUUCAGCUGUCCCCGCCAGAUAUCUUUUUAUCCCACGAUUGGCCUAAAUCAAUUGAACACCAUGGUGAUCUUGCCUCGCUUUUAUCGCAAAAACCGUUCUUCAGGCCAGAUGUGGAGAGUGGCAAGCUUGGAUCCCCUCCUCUUGCGACGAUACUGGAAAAGCUUAGACCUAAAUGGUGGUUUUCUGCCCAUUUACAUGUCAAGUACGAGGCGACGUAUCGACACGGUGGUAACACGACUUCUGCUGAAUCACCAUUGUUACCGCGUGGAGCGACCAAGAACCCUGAUGAAAUUACCAUCGAUGAUGACGAGUUUGAUGACGAGCAGCCUUCCGCCCUCGUUGACACCUCUGAGAAUGUCACUGCACCCGAAUUGUCGAGCGAGUUACCUUCAUCGUCCGAGGAACCUGCAGGCAGCGCGGAAACAAAAUUUCUAGCAUUGGAUAAAUGCUUGCCCAAACGACAAUACCUCGAAGUAAUUGACAUUCCUUCGCCAUUUGAUGAUACCCCCGUCGCAUCGGGACCAGCGACUUCCGCUGAUAUUAAUGACCCUUCAACUUCAUCACUCGAAUCUCUCCUCCCAACAUCCUUUACUGGUCGUCAAGCGAAAACAUCCUCACCCCCUCCACCAUCAUCAGCCCUAGAUCCAAAAUUACAUCUCACAUACGACACAGAAUGGCUAGCCAUAACCAGAGCCCUCCAUCCCUAUCUCUCUCUAUCACGCCUACAGGAUCCACUUCCAUCCAUGGAAGAAGCGCGAAAGAUGGUUCAGAAGGAGCUGGAGUGGAUCAAAGAGAACGUCGGCGAAGGGAAGAAGAUUGAAAAUGUGCAGAAAUUCUGUAUGACCGCUCCUGGACCCAAAAAGGUGGAUGGAAAACAACCGAUACGAUAUAUAAAUCCUCAAACAAUCGCGUUCUGUUCGGCACUAGAUAUUGAAAAUAAGUUGUAGUAUCUCCUGUACGGGGUUUUGCUGUAGUUCUUGCAUGUCAAGGUCGUGAGGAAUACCUGGCCAUAAACUCGGUACAGAGUGUCAUUGUGUUGCCGCGUCCAUGGUUUUCAUAUCCUAAGUAUAUUGUUCCAUGUUGUCCCGUCUGAUCGUUUGGGUUUUAGGAUCGGGUUAUAUGCAGAGCAUGUAGCUAGCGCUAUUGAUGAAAUGGAUCUUCCCC